AUGGCUGACACAGUGGGACAGCCCAAUGGAGGUGUGCACCAUCGGAUCUCCAACCUCCUGCGGCUGGCAGACGAGGGAGGUCACAAGGACAUUGCGGCAGGCGUCAUGCAGGCAGCCAGGGUCCAGCCAGCUGCUGUGGCCUCCCUCCUAGUCCAGAUCCUCCAGCAGGACGAGGUGUCUGUCAGGCAGAAGGUGGCAGCAUAUGAGGGCCUCAGGACCAUGCCGCUGGAGCAGGGGAUGGAGGCAGGACUUAUCGGCAGCCUCAUUGCAGUGGCCUCCCAGCAGAUGAGGGCUGCUCCAGAGGAGGCCUUGAGCGAGCUCCAGGCGGCUGCCAGUGAUACCUUGGCUGCCCUCGCUGGCAGCUACUUCGGGCCGGUGAUGCGGGAGCUCCAGAAACACCUGAGGCCCUUUGUGCUGCCAGCGGAGUUCACCCUCCUCACCCUGGGCAAGGUCAUGGCGGCCAGCGUGUACAGGUGCGUCCCUUUCCUGGGCAUCACCCUGACCACCAUGCAGACCGUGAUGCGAGGGAUAGAGAACAGCAGGAGACGAGGGGCCUUCUGCACCGCCCUGGAGUGCAUGUGUGGGGCAAUCAGCACUUACCUGAGGAGCUGGGAGAGGAGCACCUAUCCACAAAUCACGCUCCAGCGCUUCUCUGCAUACCUGCUCCCCAUGUACCAGUACCUCAUCAGCGCCUGGCUGCCCAGCGAGGACAUGGAGGUCAAACUGGCUGUCCUCAAGGCCCUGGGGCCAAUGCUGAACAUCCUGCUGCCCAGGAAGGAUCUGCAAAACCAGAUCCACGGGGACAUCCCCCUGCUCCUGGCUCAGUAUGGGGAGAACAUUGAGGCCUUUUACAUCACCCAGGUUCUGGGACAGAUCUUGCAGGCCUCUUCCUCCAACAACCCGAUCCCAGAGGUGCAUGUGGAGGCCAUCUCCCAUACACUGAGCUACCAGGUCACUUCCAAAGCGCAGCGGCCCUAUCGGCUCUGCAGGGAGAACCACACGGAGAUUUCCCACGUCUUCCUGCAGCUGGUUCCGGGGAUGGCCAGCUGGAAACACCUGUGCAUCAAAUCAGUGAAAUCAGUUCUUACCGACGGGAGUCCCAGGGUGAGGGUGGCUGUCCUGCAGGCCAUUGGCACCCUGGUCUCAGCAGGGUACCUGGAUAAGGUGGAGGGAUGGCCUCUCAAUUACAUUGCCCUGCAGCUUGCUGUGUCGACCAACUCGCUGGAGCGUCCAAUGCGGAGCCUUCCCCUGGGGGGGCUGCUGGAAAAAAUGGUCCAGAAAACCAGCCUGGCCACGUUAGAAAUAAUCAUUGCCUCGGGCAGGGGGAUCAGCCAGGAGCUCUGGGUACGGCUCCUGGGGUACGUUCCCCGCACCCCUUACACUGAUUCCAUGACCCCCCUGUGCGGCUGCCUCAGGAUCCUGGCCGCGAAGCGGCAGCAGCACAGACAAGCAGCCCACGACUGCAGGGAGCCAGUGGCAUCUCCGACUCCCCAGCAGCUGCUGGCCCGGCUCCUGGUGCUGUCAGCAUCCCCCUUCGAGGGAGAAGGGCGCGGAGUGGCUGCGCUGCUCCUGCUGAACGCCCUGCGCCCUGAGAUGUAUGGGGACGAGGCAGAGCAGUGGUGGAUGGAGAUUCCAGCUAUGGUCCAGUAUCUUGACGGACAUAGCAAGUUCUCUCUGGACCAGACCGCGUGGGAGCACAAGCUGUUGGAGUUCCUCCAAAAGACCUUGGGGAGGAGCAAAGAGGGCGGCUGGAGCCAGGAUCUGAGCCGCGAGCUGGGCCGGCAGAUGGGCAGCUAUGCCAACGCCUCCGUGGAGAAGGCUUUCCUCUGCAAGGCGCUGGGCACAGCCCUGGCCAUGAACAAGGAUGUGGCUUCAGUGACAGGGCAGCUCCGGGAGCUGCUGCGCAUGGCCGACUAUCUGAAUGGUGCAGAGACGGAGUGCCUUGACUCCUGCCUGCAGCUCUGUGCCAGGGACCAGCUGGAUGCGAUCCUGAGAGCUCUGGGCGACUUUGAGGAGGAAAUGGCAGAGGGGGAGGAUUCCUGGCAUCUCAGCCUAUGUAAGGGCCUGGCCCCACAGGAGAGGGACAGAGUGAAGAGCACCCUCCUGCUGUUCUACAGCAGUGCAGCAGCCCAGGCGCCCCCCCAGCAGCUGCUCCCUCGGCUGGCGGAAGAGAUCGUACCCAAAAUCCUGCACCAUUACAGCACCAGCUCCCAGGCGCUGGGACUAAACGCCAGGCAGAUGGACACGGCCCUUACUCUGCGCUUCAUUGAGAGCAUCUCCGCAGUCAGCCUGGCCGUCCAGAGGAGCGGGGAAUCCCAGCCCCACCAGCUUCCCCACAAACAGGUGCUGCUCAGCCAGCUGCUGGAGAUCAUUAAGGCCGAGCCACGGAGCUCCCUGCUCUCCCCAGUUCGCCAGGAGGCAAUGGUGGCCAUCGGGCACCUGAGUAAAGUGAAGCAGCCACUGAGCUGCGAGAAGAAUCAGGAGUUGAUGGAGCAGUGUCUUGAUAGUGUCUUCUCCCUGCCUCCCCAGGAGUUCACUGAGGACAUGGGGCCCAUCCAGACUCUUUAUGCCAGCACCAUGGCCACCCUGGAGGGGCUGAUGCAGAUGUUGCUGGAGGAGGAGGAGACGCCAGAGCGACUCCAGGGAACCUUCCGGCUCCUGCAGAGAUGGCUGGUGUCAGAGCAGGUGUGGGAGCGUGCCCGCGCCAUGCGGGUCAGCACCCACCUGCUGAAGGCAUAUCUCCAGACGGUCACCAUCACCACACAGAUCCCUCCUGGCCAGUUCAGCACUCUGGCUGGGACGCUGGGCCCCUACACCUGUGACUCACUGGGCAGCAUCCGCCAGGGCGCAGGGGACGCCAUUGGGUGCCUGCUGGACAUACAAGUUGCCAAGCAGCCCUGGACCCUGAGGGGCCGAGACAAGGCGUGGGCGCUGAGGCGCGUGUGUCAGGAGCUGCAGAGUGCAGAUCCCGAGGAGGUGUGGGACGCGUCUAUCAAACUGGCCAAACUUGUCAGCAGGGCCCUGCCCAAGGCGGAGAUCCUGCCCUUCACCCAGACCCUGCUGGAGAGCCUGGGGGCCGUGAGCCAGGCCUGUGACCAGGCCAGUGUCCUGUGGUUUCACACGCUCCUGACAGACCGCGCCAGUGACCUGACGGACACAGUCCAGGCCAUCCUGAGCAUCACCAGCACCUACCUGCGCUGCCUGGAGGACCCUGAGCCGAGAGGGCUCCUGGCCCAGGCAGUCUCACUGCUGGCUCAGCACCACCAGGAGGCUGUGGUCACCUACCUGCUCCAGCACCCCCUGCCGUUGGAUAAGGACAGCAAGGAGCUCUGGGCAGCUCUGGCUGCUGAGGAUUUCUUCCAGGACAUCCUAAAGGAUUUGCUAGACCGGAUCCCCAGGGGGCCAGCAGCAGAGCAAGGGGCUGAGACCCAGGAGGUAGCAGUUACCAAUCCCCUCUCGGUGGUCUGUGCCAUCGGUGAGGUGGUGAUGGGGACAGCGGUCGGGGAUGCGCUGGGCUCGCUGCUCCCUGAGCUCUGCUAUGCCCUCCUGUACCAGCUCAGCUGCACCCCGGACAGCGACACGCCAUUGCCCUCCAGGGCUGGGAGACCCCUGGCCAGCCCAAAGGGAGCUGCACCGCCACCCUCCACCCCCCGCAGCCUGACAGUGGCGGCACUCAGAGCCGUGCUCGCCAAGGGCCUGCAGGACGUGGCCAGGAUCCUGGACAAGGAGCGAGGCUGGUGCCUCCUGGAGGAUCCCCGCAGCUUCCCCGAGGGUGUCUCCCUGCUGGCAAGGGCUCUGGUGCAGGUGGGCGAUGCACCGCUGGAUAGGAUCCUGCAGCUCCUGUCCCCAUCCCUGAGCUCCCCAUGUGAGGACUGGAGAGUCACCGGCACGGCCUUCUACGCCGAGCUCCUGGGUCACCCCGGGCUGCAGCAGAGGAAGCUGCUGAGACCCGUCCUGGAGCAGCUGGUGGCAGGGGUCAGCGAUGAGAGUGACAGCAUCCGCUGGCUGGCGGUGCGCGGGCUGGGGAACAUGGCCCAGGGGCAGCCGCACAAGGUGAAGACGCACAGGCAGCUCCUGCUGGACACCCUGCGCCACCCCCUGGCUGAGCCCAGCAGCCCCCAGGUCGUGGGCGAGAGCAUGCGGGCCCUGUCCAAGACGCUGGGGCAGUUGAGCGAGAGCGACGUGGGCCGCCUUUCCCAGCCCAUGGCCGCGCAGGCCCGGGCUCACUUCCCACACGAGGACGGCGCCGUGCGCGCGGCAGCAUUUGGCCUCUUCGGGGCCCUGGCCGGCUCGGCCCAGCACAAGCACCGGCAGCUCUUCGCAGGGGAAGUGAGGAGCAGCUGGGCCGCUCUGAUGCUCCAUGUGCGGGACCCAAGCCCCGAGGCAGCCACGGCCUGCUACACUGCCUUCCAGGCGUGCGCCCCGUUCAUAGGCCUCACGGGGCUCGAGGGAGCCUUUGACAGCGGGCUCCUGACAGGCGCCUCCGGGGAGAGGCACAGACACUUGAUGGGACACGUCUGCAAACAGCUGGCCCAGAAGGACCCUGCGCUGCUGGAGAGUCUCGUCACUGAGACCAGCCUGCACCUUCACAGCCGCUGGGAGGGGAUCAGACUGGCAGCAGCCAAGCUGGCAGGGAUCCUUGCAGAGAACAUGGAGGCCCAGCAUGUCCAGCAGCUGGAUCUGGGAACGCUUCUGUGCUCUCUCCGAGCGCUGCAUGGUGACCCCAGCACUGCUGUCGAGAUUGCUGCGGCAGAAGCCGUCAGCACCAUCAGCCAGAAGCAGCGGGUAGCCCUGCAGGAGCCAGGUCCCAGCCACACAGCCCCCAGAGGCCAAGGGAGGCUGCUCUUUGUGAGGAAGCUCUUCAAGAGGAAGGGGAAGGGGAGACCCCCGGCAGGGCCCCUCGACACUGCAGAGUCAGAGAGCGUCUCCAGCAGCUGA